CAACGGCAACGGACACGCUGCUGACGAUUCAUCUUUGAGUGAGGACGAUGAUAUGCCGCUUUCCCAAGUCUCUCGUGUAAAAUCCGAGCCCAUGACUCCAGUGCGCGCCAUCAAGCGCAAGAAGAUCCAGUCUGAUACCUCCUCUAGUGACGAGGAGACGCCUCUUGCAUCUUCACCUGCCAAGCGCACCGCUUCGGGCGCCGUUCGCAUGAAUGGCGCACUCGAGGCAACAACGACCUCCAACGGGAAGCGCAAAGCCCCCAUUAAACGUUCCGGCUCGGGUGACAAGGAUUCUGAGGAUGAUGCUCCAAUAGCGAAGGGCAAGCGCGUCGCGAAUGGGAAGGCGCCGCGUAAGCCGCCCAAGAAGAAGGUCAAGGAGGACAACGAUUACUCAGGCGGUGGCGAGGGCUCAGACGACGACAAGCCGAUUGCAAGAAAGGCGCCAUCGCGCGUCAAGCGCAAGUUGAAGGAAGAGAGUGACGCUGACGACGAGACCCCCUCAGAUGAUGACAAGCCCUUGAAGAGAGCACCCGCAAAGAAGACACCAGCGAAGCGAGCAAAGAAGGAGAAGAAUGGUUCUGAGGCGCCAUUGGACAAGAAAAACGGCAAGGCAAAGAGCGAGGGCAGCGAGGAGCCUGCGAAAAAAGGCAGAAAGAAGAAGGAGGAAGAGGAUGCAGAUGUCUUCCGCUGGUGGGAGCAGCAGGACCCCGAUGGAGACGGUACGCAGAAAUGGCAGACUCUGGAGCAUAAUGGUGUCUACUUCCCGCCGCCUUACGAGCCUCUCCCGCGUCACGUAAAGAUGAAGUAUAAUGGUAAACCGGUCGACCUGCCUUUGGAAACUGAGGAGGUCGCUGGCUUCUAUGCCGCACUCCUCGAGACUGAUCAUGCGAAGGACAAGACAUUCAAUAAGAACUUCUUCGACGAUUGGAAGAAAGUUCUCAAGAAAUACCCUCCUCGUGAUAGCACGAAGAUUACUGAAUUCAACCUAUGCGAUUUCAGGCCAAUGUACGAGCACUUUGAAGCUGAGAAAGCGAAGAAGAAAGCAAUGACCACGGCGGAGAAGAAGGAAGCUAAGGCGGCGAAAGAUACGCUAGAGGCUCCAUUCACCCAUUGUGUACUCGACGGACGUAAAGAGAAGGUGGGCAACUUCCGAGUAGAACCUCCGGGCCUCUUUAGAGGUCGAGGAGACCAUCCGAAGAAGGGUUCCCUGAAGUACCGAGUGCGACCCGAGGACAUCACGAUCAAUAUUGGUGAGGGCGUACCCACACCAAAGCCGAAUAUGCCAGGGAAAUGGAAGGAGGUCAUACACGACAACACUGUGACUUGGCUCGCGACCUGGACUGAGAACGUCAACGGCAAUCACAAGUACGUGUUCUUGGCCGCAGGCAGCUCGCUCAAGGGCCAGAGCGACAUGCAGAAGUUCGAAAAGGCGCGCGAGCUCAAGAGCCAUGUCGAUCGCAUUCGCCAAGACUAUACUGCCGACCUCAAGAAUAAGCUCAUGGCCGACCGUCAACGAGCGACGGCAAUGUACUUCAUCGACCGAUUGGCUCUUCGUGCUGGUAAUGAGAAGGGCGAGGACGAAGCCGAUACUGUGGGCUGUUGCUCGCUCCGGUGCGAACACGUUACGUUGCUACCACCAAACCAGCUCGUUUUCGACUUCCUUGGUAAAGAUUCCAUACGCUACUACAAUCAGGUUACCGUCGACGAUCAGGUCUACAAGAACAUCAAGCUGUUCAAGUCCAGCAAGGAGGAUGAUGACGACCUAUUUGAUCGCGUCUCGACUUCCUCCCUUAAUAAGCACCUUGCGUCGUAUAUGAAGGGCCUAACCGCGAAAGUGUUCCGUACGUACAACGCUUCAAUCACGUUCCAGCAGCAAUUGGAUAUGGGCACGCCGGAGAAGGGGACCGUCCAGGAGAAGCUCAAUGCGUACAAUCACGCCAACCGUAUGGUCGCUAUUCUUUGUAACCAUCAAAGGGCUGUUCCCAAGACGCAUGAGCAGUCGAUGGGAAAAAUGCGCGACAAGCUUCGCGGUCUCAAAUACGAGCGAAUGAAGCUUCGUCAUACUCUGUUCGCCAUCGACUCCAAGUACAAGAAGAAGAAGCAGUAUGCAGAAGACGAGUCCGAUCUGGACGACGACGCUAUCGCCGAACACGAGGACCAGUUAAAGGUGAAGGAACUUGAGCGGGUGGAGAAGAAAUUCAACAAGGACAACGAGAAGCUGGCUGAAGAUGGCAAGGACCCUUUGGACGACUCCGUCCUCAAGGACAAGCGUAAAGAGGUCGAGGAAGACUUCAAAAGACUGAAGAAGGAACGUGGCACAGGCAAGGCCGUCCUGAAGCGUGAGCGACCCACGGAGAAGAUUGAAGAGGCCAUUGAGAAGCUAGACGAGAGGAUCAAGACCUUCAAACUGCAAAUGGAGGACCGCGAAGCGGGAAAGGAGGUCGCUCUAGGGACGAGUAAAAUUAACUAUCUCGAUCCAAGAAUCACUGCUGCGUGGUGCAAGACCCACGGCGUUCCCGUAGAGAAGAUUUUCUCCAAAACGCUUCUGACGAAAUUCCCAUGGGCUAUGGAAGUAGAUCUGGACUGGAAGUUCUGAACACCUAAGGGAUCUCAAGGAGUAUAUUCACACAUCGCAUUGUCAUUCAGCACAUCUUUAUUUUGGGACGACCACGGACGUGUUCUAUAUACUAGUCACCCGCG